AUGGCUGCUGCAGAUGUCCAACAGCCUGUUCAGGCAGAACCGGCACCCUCCAUUCCUGACUAUCUUGCCGAUCCAGAUGCUGUGCUCAAGGACAACGAGUCAAAAUGGCGGUACGGGAGAGCUCCGGAUUACUCGAAGACACGAAAGGUCUACUCAGAGACUAAACAGAUGAAUCACACAGCCGGUAGCCUCGAAUCAAUGGUUGAGAACCUCGUCAAGAAUUGGGAAGUUGAGGCUUCGUUCAAACCUCAGCUCUCGGAUUGGCGAACAGUCGACCAUAGCAAGUACACAUUCGCAAUCAAUGGAGGCCCACCUCAAACAGCCGAGCACAUGCUCAAGGUCGGAACAUACAAUGCUAUUAUCGCUCCCAAUGAGUACUACAGUCCGAACUAUUCGGACUUCGCCAGCAGUCACAAGACAUUCAAACGCAUGAUGCCAACCUUUGCGUGGGAGGUGCUCGAAGUAUACAGCGGACCACCGAAGGUUGCUUUCAAGUGGAGGCACUGGGGUACUAUGAAGAACGACUAUGUCGGAUUCAACGACAAAGGAGAGAAGGUGACAGCCAAAGCCCACGGUGGGGCCAUCGACAUUACGGGCAUCACAGUUGCUACCGUCGACGAUGCAGUACGCUUGCAGGAAGUCAACACAUACUUCGACCCAAUCGAAAUGUUCCGUCAAAUUGCACCCAAUGGCAUUGUCAACAAGCAAGUUGUCGAUAAGAGGAUCGACCCAUCUGCUGCGCUUGACGCCGACAUUCCGUCACAAGACGGUGUGGAGCUGGCACACAAACAUAGCUCGGUUCAUGCAAAUGAGAGUAGUCCCACAGACACUGCUACCUCCCAAAACAAGACGCAUGGUCCGUCGUCGAGUGAAACUUGUCCCGUCUCCGGUGCUAGCAUGAGCGCCGCUCUCUCUGCUGGGUGUCCAGUGAUGAGUGCCAUGCAGUCAAGCAGCACCACCAGCCCUACGAACUCCAGCCCUGGCAGCGAUUGGGUAAAGGUACCCACCAACGAGGAAGGUACUCCUCGCUCGGCAUACUCAUCAUCUGUCACCGGUGACGUGGAGCAUCGCAUGUCGGCCGACAACAAGAUCGACUACAACAAGGAGGCCGACGCACACGACGAAGUCGACGAGCAUCUCGAAAGCUCAGCUGAGACAGUGCAUCCUCAUCCGCACACCAUGGAGCAUGCAGUCAAGCCAGUGAUUGGAGAUGCAGUAGUUGCUGGCCCGCAAUCUGAAGAGACCAAAUUGGCGCAUCGUGAGAUGAGCAGUGUCACCAAAGACGAGGAGCCGCUGCUGAUGAACAGAGAGUAAUUGUUUUCCGAG